AUGGCGGUCAAAGCCGUCGUUCCGUUUCUUGUGGCUAUGAUGCUGCUUACAGGCGUCUGCAAUACGCUAUUGACAAAGUAUCAGGACAUGCAAUGCGUCGAGAACUGCGAUGCGCCCUCGAAGGAGGACCGGAAGCACUUCGAACAACCCGUUCUGCAGACACUCCAGAUGUUCAUCGGCGAGUCAGGCUGCUGGCUCGUCAUCGGCCUGUUCUCCGCAUGGCAGCGCUUCAAGUCACGCCGAGCCGGUUACGAAGCGAUCCCCGAGGGCGGAGCUGCCACACCCGCGUCGGAUGGCAGCGAAACACCUGAUGUAGCGAACCCAUUGCUACCUGCGCAUCCAGAUGAGGAGGGACGGGUGCCGCUUACUGGAACGAACGUGCUGCUUCUGGCCCUACCCGCAUGCUGCGACAUUGCAGGCACAACUCUCAUGAAUAUAGGUCUGUUGCUCACCGCCGCGAGUAUCUACCAAAUGACCAGGGGCGCAUUGGUUCUCUUUGUUGGAUUGUUCAGCGUGUGGUUCUUGAAGAGACAUCUGGGGCUGUACAAGUGGUUCUCCCUCUUCGUGGUGGUCUUUGGUGUCGCAAUAGUCGGUCUAGCAGGCGCAAUCACAAAGGACGACAAGGCGACUCCAUCGCACGCAGCGCUUGCGGAAACUGCGAUGAGCACUCGGGAGGAAAUCGCUAUUACCAAACUAAGCCCGGCAGUCUGGACCAUUAUUGGUGUACUCUUGAUUGCUGGCGCGCAAAUAUUCACGGCCACCCAGUUUGUGCUGGAAGAACGCAUCAUGGAGAAGUACUCGAUGGAACCUAUCAAGGUGGUUGGUUGGGAAGGCGUUUUCGGCUUCCUCGUCACGCUGCUCAUCAUGAUCAUCAUGCAUUUCGCGAAUGGAAAAAAGUACUUCAAUGCUAGGGAGGGUUUAUACCAGAUGACACACUUCCCUGCCAUCGCGAUCAGCUCUGUUCUUAUCAUGAUCAGCAUCGGUGGCUUCAAUUUCUUCGGACUUAGCGUCACGCGCACCGUCUCCGCGACCUCUCGUUCCACGAUCGACACCUGCCGCACUCUGUUCAUCUGGGUCGUCUCUCUCGGACUCGGCUGGGAGACGUUCAAAUGGCUUCAGGUGCUUGGUUUCGCACUACUUGUGUACGGCACUUUCGUUUUCAACGACCUGGUCAGGCCGCCGCUGAAGAGCUGCGUCGAGAGGAAGCCGGAACCGCUGCUUCCAGAGGAGCCGAUUGAGCACAUGUAA